GAGAACUAAUCAGAAAUGUUUCUAUUGCUUUUACAGCAAAGCCACUUUCUCCAUCACUUUCCCAGUUAAGAUAUAAAUUAUUAGACUUCAUGAAGUUGCAAUGAAAAAGAAAAGAAACCAUUUUGAGUAUCUGCAAAAAUUUCCAUAUUCCAUACCCAACAAAGGGUAGUGAAAUUUAAGAGAGUCGGUUUGGGGUUUGGCGGAGGAAAAUGUUGAGAAGCUGACAUGGGUUCUGCCUAAAAUCUCUUAAUUCUUUUAUUUUAAUGGAAGUAUCUUUGUAGGGAUCUCUUCAAUUUCUUAAGAACUUUCAGGUUUUAGAUUUAUAAAUCUUUUUACAGUUCAUCACUUCUCAUCUUUACGCGUUUCCCUUUUCUUUACGUCUUGAUUUCUUUCUCUUAAUCAGAUCUGUUCUUUGACUUUUUGCGACAAGCCGCAAGACAUUCUGGAGUGUAAUUCACAUUCUUCUUCUUUCUUUGUCUGUUUGGAUCUUUCUUCUCUGAUUAUUUACAAACCCCAUUAUACUGAUUUCUAGUGAGGUUUAGGAGAAACUGGGGUUUUAACUGGGUAUUUCGAGUUGAGGGAGAAUUUUGGUCUCAACAAUUCUUGUGGGGUUGUCGGUUAGAUCAAAAUAUUGGGCCAUAAGGCCUGAGGAAGGGAGUUCUUUUUCGGGUGUCAAUGGCUUCCAGAGAAGGAAGACGUCAUCAUAAUCAUCGUCAUCACAAUCUGGUGCCUCUUGCUGCUUUGAUUAGUAAAGAGGUGAGGAGUGAGAGAUUGGAGAAACCGACUGUAAGAUAUGGGAAUGCAGCGCAGUCUAGAAAAGGGGAAGACUACUUUCUCAUGAAAACUGAUUGUCAGCGAGUUCCUGGGAACCCUUCAUCCACUUUCUCAGUAUUUGCUAUAUUUGAUGGACACAAUGGAAAUGCUGCAGCAAUUUUCACGAGGGAACAUUUGUUGACUCAUGUCUUGGGUGCACUUCCCCGUGGUCUCGGGCAGGAGGAGUGGCUUCAAGCUCUACCACGAGCUUUGGUUGCUGGAUUUGUGAAGACAGACAAGGAGUUUCAGAGCAGAGGUGAAACUUCUGGAACUACAGCUACAUUUGUGAUCAUCGAUGGAUGGACGGUAACAGUAGCAUCAGUUGGCGAUUCUCGAUGUAUUUUAGAUACUCAAGGUGGUGCUGUCUCUGCUUUAACGGUUGAUCAUCGACUUGAAGAGAAUGUUGAAGAGAGAGAACGUGUGACUGCAAGCGGUGGGGAAAUUGGAAGAUUAAGUAUUGUUGGCGGUGCUGAGAUCGGCCCACUCCGUUGUUGGCCAGGAGGCUUAUGCCUUUCUCGAUCCAUUGGAGACAUGGAUGUUGGAGAAUUUAUAGUUCCAAUUCCAUUUGUGAAACAAGUAAAGUUACCAAAUGCAGGUGGGAGGCUUAUAAUUGCUUCUGACGGCAUCUGGGAUGCCUUAUCAUCAGAUAUGGCUGCAAAGUCCUGCCGUGGACUACCGGCAGAGCUUGCUGCUAGGCAAGUUGUGAAGGAAGCCUUGAGAACAAGAGGCUUGAAAGAUGAUACAACCUGCAUAGUUGUAGACAUCAUCCCUCCUGAUAAUUCAGCACAGUCUUCCCCUCUUCCAAAGAAACAAAGCGUACUGAAAUCUCUAUUAUUUAGGAAAAAGUCUCCCAGUUCUAAUAAGUUAUCGAAAAGGCUUUCGGCUAUAGGUUUUGUGGAAGAAUUAUUCGAAGAUGGCUCCGCUAUGCUGGCUGAAAGGCUUGGAACUGUAGAGUUGAGUGGAUCUGGACAUGGGACACCAAACAUGUUCACUUGUGUUGUAUGUCAAGUAGAUCUUGCUCCCAGUGAGGGCAUCUCUGUUCAUGCUGGUUCCAUCUUCUCCACCAGCUCAAAGCCAUGGCAAGGGCCUUUCCUUUGUGCCGAUUGUCGAAACAAGAAGGAUGCCAUGGAAGGAAAACGUCCCAGCGGGGUAAGAGUGGCGUAGAUCACUUCCAUUUAUUAUUAACUCCUUGAUUCUUUCUCUUCUUUGAAUAUCUACUUGGACGAGGCGAGCAGCUUGUUUACAGAUGAUAGUACAAUAACAUACUUUGCAAAAGUGGUGUAAGAUUGAAAGUUAGGAAUUGAAAGAAGGAUGUUGAAGGAGUAGUGAGUGAUUACAAAGUAAGAGAAGAGUUGAAGUUAGUAGGAGGGCCAAAAGUAAAUAGCUAAUUAUUUAAGUUUAAGCUAAUGUUUAAAAUGAAAUGAGACUUGACUAAUCCACAAAUUGAAAUUUGUGCCUGUAUAUUAGAAAGCUCUCUCUUGUUUUUUUUUUUUCUUUUUAAUUCUUAUUGUUUUGUUUCUGAAUCUAAGUUUAUAAAUCUUGCCUUCUGCUUUCAAUCAGAGGAUGUAUUGAAUGAUAUAGGUUUAUUUAUUUAAA